UGCCUUAGAGAUUGAAAGAGAAAGAGAGAGAGAUGGGAUCGGUCGGUCAGAGAGCAAAGCGAGCGCUGAUGAUAUGCGGAGAUUACAUGGAGGACUACGAAGCCAUGGUGCCGUUCCAGGUGCUCCAAGCCGUUGGCGUCCGAGUCGAUGCCGUAUCGCCAAACAAAAAAACGGGUCAGAAGUGCGUCACGGCCGUCCACGAGUACAUGGGAUAUGAGAUAUACACGGAGCUAGAAGGUCAUUUCUUCACGUUAAACGCCAGCUUCAGCGAUGCUAAUCUUGAGGAUUAUGAUGCACUGAUCAUCCCCGGCGGCCGGUUCACGGAAGUUAUCUGUGUCGAUGACGAUGUCGUAAACAUGGUGACGCGGUUCGCCGGGCUCGGCCGGCCGAUCUUGACUACGUGCCAUAGCCAGCUGGUCCUGGUCUCAGCUGGCCUGAUCAGUGGCAAGAGGUGCACCGCAUUUCCCAGCUUGAAGCAUGUGGUCAAGCUUGCAGGCGGUGCAUGGGUGGAACCAGACCCAGUUACCACUGCCGUUGCUGAUGGCAAUGUCAUAACUGCAAUUGGCUGGCCGGCCCACAAUGAGAUACUUAGCCAACUUCUUGGCUCGAUGGGAGCAAGAAUCACAGGAGCUCAUGGUAAAUCGGUCCUCUUCGUCUGUGGGGAUUACACGGAAGACUACGAGAUCAAUGUGGUGUUCAGGGCAUUUGGAGGUUUGGGAUGCAGAGUUGAUGCAAUAAGCCCCGGAAAGAGUGCAGGGGAAAAGUGUGUGACGUGCAUUCAAGAUUUUGGCAUCAAAGGAUCAGAAAUAUGCAGCGAACAAAAGGUUGGGCAUUACUUCAUCAUCACCAACGACGUCGAAAGGAUGAAGGUGGCAGAUUACGAUUGCAUUGUGAUCCCCGGAGGCAGGGCUCCUGAAUACUUGGCCGUCGAUGAAAGGGUUGUGUCAUUGGUGAAGCAAUUCUCAGAAGAGAACAAGAUUGUUUCUGCAAUUGGAGAGGGACAGCUUGUCUUGGCUGCUGCUGGGCUUCUUAAGGGGAAGAAAUGUGCCAGUAGUGGUGGAAUGAGAGUUGUGGUUGGGCUAGCAGGAGGGGAGGCAGAUGAGACUUCUGAAUCAGUGGCUCAUGGGAAAAUGGUUACCGCAAAGGGAUGGAAUUCUCUUCCGAACUUCAUUUCUGACCUUGCCAGUGUUCUUGGAAUCACAGUCACAUUUUGA